UCCCCACGUGUGAUCUGCCACCAUCUAUCCGUUAACCCUAAUCUCUCUCUCUCUUUCUUUCUCUCUCUCUCUCUCUCUCUCUCUGGAACUCUCCGUAGGACAAGGGGAGGAGAAGAAACUCAACAAAUUUUUCCCAAGAAAGAUCAAAUAUCUAUACAAGAAAUGGGAAAGCUUAUAUGUGAUUCAACUGCUUCUUCUCCGACAAUUUCUUGGAGGGAUCCAACCUCAGCUCCAUCUAUCGAUACAAUCGAAUCCGAUGUUUCAUUGAUAGAUCACGCAAUAACAGUUUCAUGGGAGGAUGUUUCCGGCCUCGAAGAACAACAAAGACGCCAUUUGAAGAGACUUUACACCAAAGGUGUCCUCUGGAAGCAUCCAGGUGGAGAUUCUUCUUCGUCUCAGAUCAGAUCGGCAAUUUUUAGGCUAACGCACGGAGGAGAUGUAGAGGCGGACGGUAACUGUCUCUUCACGGCGUCUCAGAAAUCGAUGAGAUCUUUGGAAAACGGAAGAGAACUCCGGCGUAGGACCGUGAGGAGGUUCUUGGAAGAUCUUAAAUCUGUUAGCGGGGAUGAGAGAAAGGCGAUAGAUGCGGCUAUAAAGCAUCUGUAUUCACCGGAUCUGAAGUUUGGUUGGGGGAUUCACGUUGUUCAGGAGGUUAAGUUGUUGGCCAAGAAGGAAGAUCGUGAAUCCUUGGAUGCAGCCAUUGACGAACUUGUUCAGCUGGGAUUGCAGAGAGAAAUGGCUGCUGAGUCUAUUUACAAAGAGAGAUGUGAUGCUGUUGAUGAUGGUCCUAGUUGGGCAAAGUACAUGUCCAUCUCAGGUUGUCCAGACGACGAAUUCGACAUCAUCACUCUGCAAUAUACAGAGGAGGGUUUAUUAACUGUAGACGAGAACCGAGCUGGUCAUGCUGCUGCAUUUGGGGAUGAUAUAGCUAUUGAGUGCCUUGCAACUGAAUUCAAAAGAGAGAUUUAUGUGGUGCAAGCCCAUGGAUCAGAUGCAAUGGUUGAUGAAGAAAAUUGUGUCUUCUUUCUCCCACAUCGUCCAAGGAGUGAAAUUUCACAACACCCUUUUUUCCUCUUCAUGAAAGGAACUGGUUGGUGUGGUGCUGGAGCGGAUCAUUAUGAACCUCUGGUAGCUCAUCCUUCUUCCUCUCUAAUCUGCCAAGAGAAAGCAGCAGCUCUUGUGCUAUAAAAAGUGAGAGAAUGAAUAUGAAUGGAGUUUGUUAUGAUGAUGUGGAGUAUUAAAUUUUUUCUUUCUAUUUUACUUGAGCCUCCAAAGUUUGGGGAAGCCGAUUAUGCUUGGUUCUUGAGAGACCCGAUAGAAGGAUGGCUAGAGAAUUAAUGUCUUUUUUCUUUUCUUUUCCAUAAUACUUACUAUUCGUUGCGACAGAGAUGAGGAUGGAUGUUGUAUUUGGGGUAUUUGCCCUAAAAAGUUUUCGCGUCUAACUUCCGAAUUUUGCAAAUCAUCCGGGAUUAGUGCAGUUGUGUCAUGUUAGGUGUGGUAGUAGUAGGGGAUCGAGUUUGUUGUUAUAGCAGUAGUAGUUAUAGGUGUUGAGGGAUAUUGUUGAGGCUGCUUCAUUAUUUUUCUCUUUUUUUUAUUUUCUGGGAUAUGUUCUUUGAUUUAGUAUGAAUAUGAAUUAGGUUUGUUUUUCAA